CAAAUGCUAGUAUAAAGCAAAAAAAAAAAAAACCCUAAUCGUUCUUGAACUCAAGAACAACAUUUCGAUCAAAUGGUGGGAUCUGAGGUCAUUUUGUUGGAUUUUUGGCCAAGCAUGUUCGGAAUGAGGGUAAGAAUCGCUUUGGCUGAAAAGGGUAUCGAGUAUGAUUACAAAGAACAAGACUUGCCCGAUAAAAGCACGUUGCUUCUUGAGAUGAACCCGGUUCACAAGAAAAUCCCGGUUCUUAUACACAAGGGAAAACCUAUAAAUGAGUCGUGUAUUAUUGUUCAGUAUAUUGACGAGACGUGGAAGGAUAAGUCCCCAUUGAUGCCUUCCGAUCCUUACACUAGAGCUCAAGCUAGGUUUUGGGCUGACUAUGUCGACAAAAAGGUUUAUGAUGCAUUAAAGAAAAGUGGGACAUUAAAGGGUGAACAGCAGGAAAAGGCAAAGAAGGAAUUCAUAGAGAUUUUGAAGGUGUUGGAAGGGCAGAUUGGGGAAAAACCAUAUUUUAUGGGAGAGUCCUUUGGGUAUGCAGAUAUUGCACUUGUGACCUUUUACUGUUGGUUUUAUACAUUUGAGACCCUUGGGAAUUAUAGUAUUGAAAAAGAGUGCCCAAAGUUGAUUGCAUGGGCCAAAAGGUGCAUGCAAAGGGAAAGUGUCUCCAAAACUCUUCCUGAUUCGAAGAAGAUUUAUGAGUUCUUUAUGGAGAUGAGAAGCAAGCUUGGUUUGUAGGUCAUGACCACAUUCAGAAAGUUGAGGAUUUUAGCCCGUUUAGAGGAAGAGGUGUUUUUCUUAAGCAUGGGCGGUUAGUGAGAAUAAGAUAUUGAUAUCAUGGUUUUGUAAACCUUUCGUGUUUGUUUAAUUGUGUUUUUCGAUCAUGGUGCUAAUCAAGCUCGUUUUGUUAAACAUAGUUUUGAUGGAUGUUUUAACUACCCGAGUUUAAAUUUUGUAUCUAAAUGUUUCUAACGUCA